AUGAGUUCAAUAGGCACAGGGUAUGAUCUAUCAGCUUCGCAGUUUUCUCCUGAUGGYAGAGUAUUCCAAGUUGAAUAUGCGAAUAAAGCUGUUGAAAAUAGCGGGACUGCUGUUGCAAUCAGAUGCAAAGAUGGUGUUGUGUUUGGUGUUGAAAAGCUUGUUCUUUCAAAGUUAUAUGAAUAUGGAGCCAACAAAAGAAUAUUCCACAUUGACUCACACAUUGGAAUGGCUAUUGCUGGUCUUCUAGCAGAUGCAAGACAGAUUGUAUCAACAGCAAGAGAAGAGGCUGCUAACUACAGAUCAGUUUAUGGUACUCCAAUACCACUAAAGUAUCUUGUCAAUCGUGUGUCUGGAUUCAUUCAUGCUCAUACCUUAUACAGUGCUGUAAGACCCUUUGGGUGCAGCAUUAUGAUGAGCUCACAUGGUCCUGAUGGUCCUCAGUUAUACACUAUUGAUCCUUCUGGAGUUUCGUAUGGAUAUCAUGGCUGUGCUAUAGGAAAAGCUAAGCAAUCUGCUAAAACAGAAAUUGAAAAGCUUGAGAUGCAGAAAAUGUCAUGCAAAGACGCAGUCAAAGAAGUUGCCAAAAUUAUUUAUGUCAUCCAUGAUGAAGUCAAAGACAAGAACUUUGAGCUSGAGCUCAGCUGGAUAGGAGACUUUACAGAUGGUAAACACCAGUGGGUGCCUAAAGAUACUGCUGAUGCUGCCGAGAAAUUUGCUAAGGAAUCGCUAGAAGAAGAUUCAAGUUCUGAUGAUGAUGAUAUAUAGGGACGUACAGUACAUAUAGCACACGAACUUAACCGAACUAUCAUCCACAUAUAGUCAACCCUCGCUAUAACGGACACCCUCGGGGGUGCAAUUUAGUAUCCGUAGUAGGGAGGUUCCACAAUAACUUAAAAUCACUUUCAGCUAUUUCUUUGUCUUAUUUUUAUCAGUGAUUCAGUCAGUAAUCUUUUCCGAGCUGUCCGUAAUAGUGGGGUGUCCGUAAGGCGAGGGUUGACUUUAGUUUGAUAUUUAUUGGCAGUUAAUACAGUACAAACGUACAAAGCAUGUCAAGAGUGCGAAAUGGCUCUACAUACAAAUUCUGGUGAAAUGUUUUCUAUUAAAUUAAAUAGUAGGUACUAUAUUAGUUGUUUGUAGACAACAAAAAUGUAUUAAUUUCCUUAAACCGGCUUGGUGUUCACUGCGACCAAAAAAAAGAAAACCUCGUUGUUACCAACUUAGCCAAAAGUACAUAUAUAGAACUUUSUUUUAUGCUUUCUCUCCCUUUCUUUCUCGUUCCCACUUCCAGGAUUUUUUCUCCGGCUGAACAUUACCCCAGUGUUCCACACAGACCGUAUAUUAUGAUAGUUUUUUUUUGUCUUGAAACGCGCCAUUAUUGUAAACUGUUCAUUUUUGUACUCUAUAGCGUGUCAUGCGUGUGAAUUUUAGCUAUUUUUGAUUAACAGCCAUAAUAAAGCUACUUCUUUCAAA